AUGGAAGAUUCGGUGGUGGAUCAGAGUGAGAUGCAUUGUCUGAUGCUGCUGUUGGGAGAUUCUGCCCCGGUGCACAAUAUGGAGGACGUUCUUGUGUGGGGGUUAAAUUCUGAGGGGUUUGCAGUUAAAGAUGCGUUUCAAUGCAUCUAUGAGGCGUCUUAUGGAGACGUUUUUAUGGAAGACGAUAAGCUGCAGUUUAUUCUUGAUGUAUGGAAGACAAAGGUUCCCGGUAAGAUUAAGAUUUUCGAUUGGCGUUCCAUUCUCAAUAGCCUUCCGUCUAGGGCUGAAUUGUUCCGUCGAGGAAUUUUUCAUGAUGUUGCCUCUGUGUCUUGCUCGGUUUGUUGUCUGCAUUGUGAGACCAUUUUUCAUCUGUUUUAUGGGUGUAGCGGUUCUAAUUUGGUGUGGGGGGCUGUGUUGGGUUGGCUAGCUGGUGAGGUGGUGGUGGUUGCUCCGGCCGUAAUUGAUUCAGAGCUUGAAGGGGCUGCUAUGGCGUGUGGUCUGUUGGCGAGGUUCAUCCGUCUCUCUUUUGUUUUGUUCUUCUGGCUGCUUGUUACUUGGUGUAUUUGGAGAUUUAGGAACGAUGUCGUGUUUAAUAAUAAGGUUUCGGAUGUCGAGGUGAUUAUGAACACUGUUAAAUCUUUGGGGUGGGAUUGGUUCUCAAUUUUAGCCAAUAGAAGCGUUAAUUUGAAGAAAAAUGUUUGGUUUUCUAAACCGAAGGAUUAUGUAGGAAAGUAG